UUUCUUCAUUUGUGGCGUUUAUCAAUUUCACAACGUUUUUUAGGCUAUGCGAAGUUUCUAAACGCUCGAGGACGGUAAAACAGGUCGAAGAUAGUGUUUACGAAUUAGGCAUUUUCAAAAAUUUGUUUUUGUAAUUUUAAAAAACAAAACCAAAGCCACUAAAUAUGGAAGUUGAUAUUAGUGAGGUUUGCAGAGCAUGUUUGACGCAUCAGGAAGGAAUGUUUUCGUUGUACGAAAAUUACGAGCACGGACUUACUUUAGCCGCUAUAUUAAGGAGUUGCAUUAAUGCGGAGGUUAACGAAGGAGACGGAUUCCCAUCUUGUUUGUGUGAUAACUGCACCCUAGUUUUAACGCAGUUCUAUAAUUUCGCCGUUGUUUAUAAAGAGUCAGACAGACAAUUAAAAGAAGUUCUGCAGAGGUCCAACAAAGUAAAAAAUGAAAAUGAAGGAAAUAAUCCAACCAAUUGUGAAAGCAAUGGUGUAUACGAGGAAUACAAUGCAGAGAAUAAAGAGGUAGAAUAUCACAUCAUUGAUGAAAAUAAUCAAAGUUCCUCUGCAACUUUAAAGCCAUGUCAGACAAGUGAAGCUACUAAUAUUAACACAAAUUAUGAAAAUGAUAACAUUACAGAAAUAUUCAAUUAUAAAGAUGGUGAUGAAGGUUAUCGUAUAAAGGUUGAAGCUGUAGAAGUACUAUCUGCUGAUGAAGAUUAUGACUUUAAUGGACUUAAAUAUGCUCAAGAGAAUGACAGUAAUCAUACAGUUCCACGGUAUGAAUGUGACCUUUGCAGCGAAGUAUACUUGUAUGAAGAAUACUAUGUGGAACAUAUGCAGACAUACCAUAAAGAAAACACCACUGAGAAUGAAGAUAGCAACAGUAACGAUUUAAAAAACAACGAGGAUUCUGUAAAUAGUAAAGAAUCUGAGGAAGUUAAUGAAAUGCUAAAUGAUCCAUCCAUUCGUGUUAUCACCAAAUAUGAGUGUGACACUUGUGGAGAAGCUUAUUUAUAUCAAAGCAGUUUCCAAUCUCAUAUGCGUACCAAACACAAAUUGGACGACAUCGAUUGCGACAAUUAUUGUACCACAUCUUACAUCAAAGUGGAACCAAAGCCUCGACGAAAAUACACUCGUUCUUUAGAAGGCAACUUGCAAUCUUCACUGGAAAGACCAUAUGGCUGUGACCAGUGUUCUAGGAGGUUUCGACAGGCCUAUAUGUUGGAACACCAUAAGGAACUCCACAGCGGUAAAAAGAAGUUCGUUUGCGACGUGUGUGGCAAAGGAUUUGUGAGGAAAACAUAUUUAGAUGAUCACAUGGAGGGGCACAGUACUGUUAAGAGACAUGUUUGCAAGUUCUGUGGCAAGGCAUUCCAAAGAAGAACAGUUUUAAGAGCUCACAAACGCACCCACACUCAUCCCAAUUUCUAUGUAUGCGACCAAUGCGGCCGAGGAUUCACUAGUACGAGCACAUUGAAAACACACAAAAAACUGAUUCACAUUAGGGAAAGGAAUUUCAAGUGCGUUAUCUGCAAUCAAACAUUUCCCCUAAAGUCCACACUGGCCAAGCAUAUUCGCAGACAUAUAAACAAAAACAAGGCUGAGAAGGACUUCCCUUGUUCACUUUGUGAGAUGCAGUAUAGGGACAAAUCAAGUCUGAAAAGACACGUGGAGAUCAAACAUUUAGGUAAAGGAGUCAUUGUUACAUGCUCAGACUGCCCCAAACAGUACACAAGUAAGGCGAAUUUGAUAAAACAUAGAAGAAAGCAUCAUAGUGAAGUGGUCACUGAUUAGGAUGAAAUUUAACACCCAAUUAAUUUAUUUUUUACAGACAUGUUUAUGAGCCAUUAUUUGUAGAAAAAAUGUUUUUUAUAUACCCAAUUUAUUUGGCAUUAAAUAUUCGUGU